CACGAACUGCGACGAUGCCGCUCCAAUCGAUCAUCAGCUCUUGGAGCGCAAGAGCGCGCAUACAGUGCAGCGCUUCUCUUCAAGCUAGCACAGGCAAGCUUGGAGGGCGUUUGACUGAGGUCUUCAUGAUGAUGUGGGAUCUUGGCUUCACUUCGUUUGGCGGGCCUCCAGUACACUUUCAGAUACUUCACAGGCGUUUUGUCGAAGGUCUGAGAUUCGGCGGAGGCAGCAAAUGGAUCGAUGAGCCGACGUAUCAAGAGAUUUUUGCCAUCUGCCAGGCUCUACCGGGACCGGCCUCCACUAAGAUGCUGUUCACAAUAGCAAUGAUACAUGCAGGACUCAUCUCAGCCGUGUUUGCCUUCAUUUUGUGGAGCUUGCCAGGAGCCAUUGGGAUGUACGGUCUGUCUCUUGGUGUGCAAAGAAUGCCGGAUCGAUUACCGCCAAUUGUCUACGCUUUCUUGAGCGGUAUGAACGCUAGCACAGUUGGUAUCAUAGCUCUCGCCGCUGUGCAGCUUGCGCAGAAGGCCAUUCAAGACCGUCUGACAAGGAUACUGGUGAUUGCUGGAGCAUGCGCUGGCAUCUGCUAUAAUACUCUCUGGUACUUCCCAGCCCUGAUUGCGGUUGGAGGCAUUCUUACAGUAUUUUGGGACGUUUGGCUGGCACAGAAGGUGGGCAAGGCCAAAGCCAAGUGGGAAGCCAAAAGAAGGAGAGCUCGCAAUGAAGCAGGCGAUGCUGAGGAGACCAACGCAUCACAAGAUAUCCCAGCAGUACAGCUCCAAGUCCAGCGCCCUGAAGCCGUGAAGAGAAGGGCGCAGGCUGGUAGCUCCACGGAUCGUAUCAUGCCAGUAGAAGCGACCUCAGAGCCAGACUGGGCCGGCAGCCAAAGAAGCACGGAGUCCGAGACACCAGCCAUCGUUCCACGGGUACCUGAUGUGGGUACUCAUAGCAUCUCCGUCAAGCUUGGUGUCUCUCUGACUGUGGGCUUCCUUGCAUCGUUCCUUGUCGUCAUGGUCGUCCGUGGUACCGUCGGCACUCGUACAUUGGCCUUCGAUCUAUUUUCUAACAUGUAUCUGGCUGGUACGAUCAUCUUCGGCGGCGGACCUGUCGUGAUCCCUCUUCUACGCUCGUACGUCGUAGAUCCAGGCUGGGUCUCACCACGAGACUUCCUCUUAGGUCUUGCCAUCAUUCAGGCCUUCCCAGGGCCCAACUUCAACUUCUCUGUGUACCUUGGAGCUUUGGCUCUUGCAUCGACAGGCACACCGACCAUCUUCGGCAGCGUGCUUUCGUUCCUCGGCAUCUUCUGUCCUGGUCUGAUCCUGACAGUCGGUGUGCAAGGGAUCUGGCAAGUCGUGAGGACUAAAACAUGGGUCCUGAGUCUAUUGAGAGGAAUCAAUGCAACUGCAGUAGGGUUGGUGUUUACGGCAGUUUAUCGGCUCUGGGAAAUCGGUUAUCUUACACCGGAGAGUAGUGAUGGUAUUAGCCUUGCCAGGGAACCAUGGUGGGUCGUUGUUGCAACCCUGGCCUACGCAGAAACCGCCUGGUUCGGUGUACCGCCCGCUGUGGCCAUCGUACUCGGAGCUGCAUUGGGCUUGGGUUGGUACGGCGCAGUGGGUCAGUGAAUCGCCCGUACUGCAUAAAAGUACAAGGGGAUCUGAUACACAGACCGUAGCGUUGGCAUCAUAUAGCGAAGAGCAGCGGACGCUUGGCUUGCUCCUUGCUCCCUCAUUUGGACUCCACAGCUACCAACACACGUUACUGUCAAUCCUGCUGCACUGCAACUGCAACUGCAGUUUGGCAAAAACAAAUACUAACAUGUACCAUGGUACCUUACUUCAAGAAGCGCGCAGUGUACAAGAGGGUAUUGAAGUUAGCAGAAGAGACCGGAGAAAAUGAGCCUGGAAUGCUGUCUGUUGAACGAGAUGCAGAUCAUCAUCGAACAAAGCGAGAAGCAUGUGUGGAGCAACAGGACAGAUCACCGUAUUAGGCGCGGUGCUCUGGCCUGACUUACGGCUUUGGAUAUCCGGUCAUUGUAUCUGCAAGCACUGCCACAGCCAAUCUGCUGCUUGCUCCACUCGUC